AUGCAGGACGCUCGCCGGUUUUCGGGAUUCAUGACUAAUUCCAUCACGCCUUUGGUCCUCGUGGUGGUCUCGUACGUCCGCAUCAUCUCCUCUGUCUUGAAGAUCCGCUCCACAGAAGGCCGCAGCAAGGCCUUUUCGACGUGCUCGUCUCACUUGAUGGUGGUUGGGAUGUACUACUCCUCGAUCACCGUGGCCUACGCCUCGUACCAAGCCGACAUGCUCCCCGACGUCCAGGUCUUGAGCACGGUGACUUUUGCCAUCCUGACCCCACUGUUAAACCCUCUCAUUUACACGCUGAGAAACAAGGAAGUCAAAAGCACGCUCAAGAAGCACAUCUUGCUUAGCGUUCCCUCCGUUUUGCAAAAGAGCUGCUCGCUUUGA